CAUCGGGUGGCGAGGGCUGCCGGGAAGGAGGCGGUAACAUGGCGGCCAGCGGGGAGGGUGACCCGGAGGGCUUGUGCGGUGCGGAGCGGCCGGGGGCGGGCGGGCUGGCCCUGCUCGGCCUGGCGCCCAGCGCUCCCAGCUGUCCGCACGGUCCUGCUCUUCUGUUUGUAAAGACCAGCCAAGGAAAAGAGGAAGGAAGAAGAUUUUAUGCAUGUUCAGCUUGUAGGGAUAGAAAAGAUUGUAACUUUUUCCAGUGGGAAGAUGAGAAGGUAUCAGAAACUAGGCUUGCGGCACGUGAAGAAUAUAAUAGAAAUCAUCAGCCGCCUUUUACACACAGGCAGAAUGUGGAAAGGUACAAGAAUUUUGUUCUGUUGCCAUUAUCGAAGAGGAGGUUUUGCCAGGAAUGCCAGCAAUUGCUGUUUCCAGCUGAAUGGGAAAAACACUUGGAUCACCAGCUCCUGUGUAAUAUCUCUACUGCCCAGUUAAAAAGUCCCAGUCAACUUCUGUAUCCACUGGAGAAUAAAAAAACAAAUGCACAGUAUUUAUUUGCAGACAGAAGCUGCCAGUUCCUACUGGAUCUUAUUAUUGAUUUAGGAUUCAGACGAGUGCUCUCUGUUGGAACACCCAGGCUUCAUGAAAUGAUCCAGUCAAAAGCAUCACAAGGAGAAGAUUUCAGGGUUAGAAGCCUUCUGCUAGAUAUUGAUUUCAGGUAUUCACAGUUUUACACAGAGGAUGAAUUCUGCCACUACAACAUGUUUAAUCAUUAUUUUUUUGGUGGAGAGGCUGCAUGUGAAGCUUGUAGAAAAUUCUUACAUCAAGACAAUGGUGGAAGAGUCAUUAUGGUAACUGAUCCCCCAUUUGGAGGUUUAGUGGGAGCACUGGCUGCUAGUUUUAAAAAACUGAUGGCAAUGUGGAAGGAGACUGGAAAAGAAGGUCAUAACAACCAAGAGAUGCCCAUGUUCUGGAUAUUUCCAUACUUCUUUGAGUCUCGUAUUCUUGACUUUUUCCCAAGCUUCAGUAUGAUGGAUUACCAGGUAGACUAUGAUAAUCAUGCACUUUAUAAACACGGCAAGACAGGUCGUAGACAGUCUCCUGUCCGUAUCUUCACGAACCUGACCCCAAGUAUGAUUGUACUUCCUGUAGAAGAGGGUUAUAGGUUUUGCACUAUUUGUCAGCGGUAUGUUAGUUCUGGUAACCAGCACUGCAAGAUAUGCAAUUCAUGUACGUCAAAAGAUGGUAGACGAUGGAAACAUUGUGUUCUUUGCAAAAAAUGUGUAAAACCCUCUUGGUUUCACUGUAAUAAUUGCAACUGCUGUGCUCUUCAAAACCACACUUGUGAGAAGACUGAUGCUGGCUGUUUUGUUUGUGGCAAGGCAGGUCACAAGCGCAGUACCUGUCCCAGUCUCUCCAGCAGCAGAACAGCUUGCCAAGCUGAUGAAAAGCAAAAGCAGAAAACUCUAAAGAGGGUAAAGAUGGGUAUCUGUAAAAGAUCAGCUAUGAAGCACGCCAUAUUCUCCAGGAAGAAAGUAAAGAAUAAGAAAAAAAAGACGUGACUUUUCUUGCUGAUACAUAGUUGUUAAUAUUUUUUUUGAUGGCCAGCCUUUGUUUCCAUUUUCUAAAAAUGUUAAUAUUAACAUCCAAAAUAAAACCUGAUUGAAUAAAAAGGGACAAUUCUUUUAUUAUACAUCAUUACUGGCACAAAAAACCCGCUAAGUAAACCAUACACUUACCA